AUGGCUCUAAAGCUGUACAUCGGUCUCGCAUCUUUUGUUCUAUCUUUUCUUGCUAUUUUCCUAAACCUUUUAAUUUUUAUCCCUGUAUUUCGACUCGGUUUUAUUGCGAAAAAAAGUACAAUUUAUGUAAUCGCAUUUUUCAAUAUUUUAUCAGACUUGAUGCAGUUAUCCAUAACCUGUUUCUACUUAACCGCUUCUAUUGUAGCAGAUCGUUAUGUGAUUACUGGAGCACGGACUUCCAGUCUCAGUAUAAUUUUUGGAUGGAUUUUCAUCAAUGCUUGGUAUAUGGAAUGCCUUGUUCAGAUUGUGAUGGCUGUUAAUCGGUUCACAGUGAUUUCUCUUCAAAAGAGGCACAUUUUCACUUUCAAAACCACCCUGGCCAUAUUUGUAGUUCUUAUUUCAACGACGGCGUUUUCAGCAAUUUGCACUCAAUAUGUUUUUCCAUGUUGUGUAUUCAUCUGUGACAAAGACGUGAUGUCAUUCAUGUUUAUCAACAUCGAGGGUCUCUAUUCCUACUCAAAUUUGAUGCUGGUGUCAUAUGACGUCUUCUGCACUUCCACCUCUACACUCUGCUACAUUUCCGUGUUCCGUUCGAUCCGAAAAUCGUACAAAACCGCACCAAGCAAUGUUCAAAAGAAACGAGCUAACGAUGAUGUGAAAUAUUUGACACAAUUCGUGUUCAUUUCAAUUUUCUUCAUCUUCACCUGGGUCCUGUUCGAGCUACUUCCAUAUAUCGUCCCUAAAGAUCAACCAGAGUGGUUUUCGGUUGUUCCCGUAUUGGUGACCCUGAAUUGUUCGUCAAAUUCGAUCAUUUAUCUCUCGAUGAACAAGCAUGUUCAACAGUCGUUGCAAAUUCCAUGGCUCCGGAAUAAGCUUGGUGGACCAAAAUCCUCUAGUAAUGUUAAUGUGAUCCAAGUG